CGCAGCUCGGAAGCCAAAGAAUAAAGCAACGGCAAUUUUCCAACCCAAAACAAAACGGCACAUUUUGCCCCGUCAUCUUCAUUAUUUUUGCGUCGAACAAGCUUCCAUUUGACUUGCACCUUGCACUUCGUGCUGCACACUAUUUUCCAAGAUUGAGCCACUACUACAACCAGAAGAAAGAAGCAUGGGUGAAGAAGACGGCAAGGCAACACAUUACGAGGACUAUGAUUGGGAUGAGCUGCCAAAGGAUGCUCAGGAUGCUGCCACCGCCCUUGGCUACGACAAGGACAUGUGGGAUAAUGAUGGCAAGCCACCCAGUGACGACAAGGACUGGGAAGAACUGACCAAUGACGAACGAAAAGCAGCCGAAACGCUUGGUUACACUGAGGAGAAUUGGGACGAAGGCGGUGGGUUCUGCUGCUGCUGAUUUUAAUAAAAGAUGGACAAAAUUCGAAUAAUGUAGUGCGGAAGUGGAUUCCGUCUUGCUUUUGGACAAAAAAUCUCUGGAUAGAAGAAUGUUCUGUGACUGUUGAUGUGAGAGGUUAAGCGUGGAUUUGGAUUGACGGGGACAUGACAUUGGAAGGAGAAUGGAAAGACCGAGACAAUCAGCGAUCGAUUCGGUACUACCGGUAGACAAUGAGGCAAACCUAUGAUUCCCAUCCGGUUUUGUUUUCCAUGCAUUUUGCCCCGAUGAUAGUCUAUGUUUGUUAAUAGACCUGCUUUUAUC